GGAUUGAACCGUGUGUCGGCGUGCAUGUGUGUGGGCGCGGGCGUGGGUGUGGGCAUGGCUGUGUGUCUGUGUGUGUGUGUGUGUGUGUGUGUGUGUGUGUGUGUGUGUGUGUGAGAGAGAGAGAGAGAGAGGGAAGGAGAUGGUGUCGUAAGGAAUGCCCUUGUGAGAGAGAGAAGUAUCGGAGUGGCGUGGGGAUGAGAGAUGGAGUGAGUCAGGAGCCAAUGGAUAGGGGGAUUGGCGGGAUGUCUGGGCAUGGUGGGGUGGAGCACAGUUGGAGAAAGCAAGGGGGGAUGAGAGUGGGUGAAUGGCCAGAGAGGGAGGGCAAGGGCAGUUUAUGGUGGGAGUAAUGGGCCAUGGUUAUGUUUAUGGAUGGUUGGACCCUUGGUAGUGCUCGGGAGUUGUUUUAGGCCUGCCUCGCUCACAGUGCGUAGAGAAACGUGCUUUGCUUUUGUGUCGAGCAGAUAAAAUUUGUCGACAAAACACAAUUUGUAGCUGUAGCUUGCCUUCUUUCUAUCCAAUGAAGUGGACAUUUGGUUGAGACUAAUUAAUGAGCCGAACCACCUGCUCACAUCUGUGUGAUAUUGAGCUAUAUGUGGAACUGGGAAGCCAUCUGGCAAUCGGGCCCAGGGUACCUUUCGUCCACCCAUCGCGUUAGACAAUGACCACCUCUCACAUACCCCAGAGGGGUGGACAUGAGCGCUCGUCAUGAAUCUCGUGCUGAAACAGGACCGAGUGAAGGAGAUGCAGUGCAGUAAAUGGAGAAGAUACAGACAUUCACAUCAGGUAAGAAAUCGGAAUGAAAUUUCCAUUUCAGUGAUGAUUUCACUGAUUUCAGGGUACGUACGUUAUUUUUUUGUUGUGUACAUAGCAAAUAUGUGAUGGUCCUUGGCGCAGCUUCAGUCUGGUGUGAGAGUACUUUGGACACCAGCUCUCUCAUCUGCUCUCCUCCUUACACUAACGGAGAGCAAUGGUGAUCUUCCCUGCAAGAUGCCAAGCUUUCCUCUCCGUUUUGUUCCUCGUCAUCAUCAUGUCCCCUCUUUGCACCCCCUCCUUUUUGCUGCGAGCAAAGAUCCUUCCCUCGUCAUUCCUUCACCGUCGUCGAGUAUUUUAAUUUGUUUCUUUUCUCUCCAAUUCCUUGUCUUGUUUACUGUACUCGAGUAUUUCAUUUUGUUUCUUUUCUCUGCAAUUCGUUGUCUUGAAUCCGCAAGACGGCGCUUUCCUGAUCUAAGUAGAACUAUACAAGUGACAAUUAUCAGAUCAUAUUAUCAGAUCAUAACCCCUUUCUAAUCUUGUGGGAAAGCAGAGGGAGUGUGGUGGAAGCACAGCAGAGAGAGAAAGAGUCAGUGUUGUGAAGAUGAAUUUGAGAGAGAGAGAGAGAGAGAGAGAGAGAGAGAGAGAGAGAGAGUGAGAGAGAGGGUAUGGCAUGAAGAUAAUUUCUAACCUGAAUGCAGCACAACAUCGGUACGCAUGUGCAUCGUCUCAAUCAGAUGUUGAAAAUGGGGCGUUGGAAAGGACAGGCACGGAGAGUAAGGGGGUCGUUUCUGAUUAGUUAUGAAUGAUGUGAACUUUGCAGAAGUGGAAGAAUGCAAUCUAAGUUCCUAUAAUAAGUUGAGAUGUUCUGAGAGCAGGAGUCGCAUGGACAGCAUGGGGUGGUGCUGCCUUGGGUCGAUUAUGGUGUUUGGUUCGGUACGGAUACGAGGGUYGUUACGGAGUGGCUACGUCCUACGGUGUCUGACGUGCUUCAGGUACGGUAGGCAAAAGAGUAUACCUGAAGUCCUAAAGCUCGCGAUAAAGGCAGAGGCAGACGAUUACAAGGACUUGGUGUGGAGAGGGAUGAGGAGACGUGACUUCUCUCUCUACAAGGAGUACGCCACUAAUAGAUGUCCUGAUUUCAAGGACUAUCCCUGGUYGGAGAAGAAUGAGGYYGUGGHWGAGGAAGUGAAGGAGAUACGGGACAUGGUGAAGGGAUUGACGAGACAGGUUACAGAGAUUGUGACCACUACAGGGGCCACGGCCUACCGGGACAAACCUGGAGGGCCCUAUUCACUUCGCUGGGACCGUAGGAACAACGAUUCCUGGAGGAGUGUCGAGAAUAGAAAUCCUCGGACGCUGACUGAUUAUCGUACGAGGGGAAGAGAGAGAGACGAUGAGCCAUGGCGACGUAGGGACGAUGAGAUAGACCGAGACCGCAGAGAUCGCGAGCCGUUUGCGCGAGCAAGGAGGCUGGAUGAUUACCCGCGAAGCCCUCGCUAUGAGGCCGAUCGGGGUAGAGGCGACUCCCGCGGCCGAUGGGAGACAGAUCAGGGUCGACGAAAUGGAUACAGGGACGACAGAUACGAGAGAUCGGACCGAGAUGGAUAUAGGGACGAAAGAUACGAGAGAUCGGACCGAGACGGAUAUAGGGACGACAUAUACGAGAGGUCGGGUCAAGAUGGCUACAGAGGUGGUAGGUAUGAAAGAGGAGAUCGCAACUGGGAACGACGAGAUGUGUCGCGCGGACGGUUUGAGCGCGGGGGAGAUGCGAGAGAGCAGCGCGAUGAGUCGCGAUGGUGGUACAACCGAAGGGACCGACGCGAUGAGUCACGAGGGCGAUAUGACUCAGGGGACCGCCGGAAUGAUUCGCGAGGGCGAUAUGAGCAAGGAGGGUCUGGAGGAGACCGCCGYAACGAUUCGCGCGGUCGGAAUGAGAGAGGGGGAUAUGGCGUCUCAUCAGAAUCAUAUCCCAAGUCGCCUAACCCCAAGGCAGCCAGGAGUUCGAUCUCGAGAAGCGCACACGACAGGCCAUCUACUCCCAGGAACUCAUGCGUUUACUGUAGAGGAGAAGAUCAUAUCAAGAGGGAUUAUCCGGACCUCAAACGGGCAAUAGAUGAGGGACUUGUCGUGCUUGACGACCUCAAGUACGUUAAGUGGGCAGAUGGUCUGGGAGAUGUAUCGAUGUUCCCUUUGAUGAAGGAGAAUGUCGAAGCGAGGAGAGUAAAGCCGAGUAAAAAAAAGAAGCCGGUCAGGAGCCAGAGCAUCAAGAUAACCUUUGACGAGGAUAUGGCGAUUACACCCAUAAGGGUGGCAGCCACCAAGUUGGCGAGAGGGUUUACAUCGAAGAAGACUGACACGGAUUACGUGAUGACGGAGAAGGACGGGCAGCGGGUCGAUGGAGAGGAGGUUAUCCUUUCGCCGCGAAAAAGGGGAGUGAAGAAGUUCUUAAUGAAGAGUUCGCUGGACGAGAUUGACACGGUCGAGCCACUGAGGCGGGCCCUUCGGCAACCCAUGCAGUGCUUUAUUCUGGAGUACCUGGCGGCAUCGAAGCCGGCUCGUGAUGAUGAGGCUGUCAUCAUAGACGAGGACCUGGCAGUACAGGUUGCACUGGGCCUCGAUAGGUCAUACCUAUUCGAGAUAGAGACGGCUGAUGAGAGAAAGCAACAGAUCACUGGGGUUUGUCACAAGGCAGCCAUAGAGGUCCAAGGGGUACGAGUGACUCUGCCUGUCUUUGCAGUCAAGAACUGCAGCUCCGACCUGCUCUUGGGUCGAACGUGGCUGAGCCACGUGCAUGCGGUGACGAUCGAGCGACCUGAUGGGAGCCAAACAUUGUCCAUUAGGAAGCCAGACGGGACGCGGGUAAUGAUUGAGACAGUGGAGCCACGGGACCCGAGGAACAGAGCAACUCUCGCUGUGGGUGCGAGACCCGGUGAACAGAUUAAGUCGUUACCUAUCUCCGGCCGUGCGGUGCGAUUUCGCGAGAAGAGAUAUGGACCACUGCGUACAGAGGAAGAAGGUCGGAUCGUGGAGGUGGAAGAUUUAGGGAGUCGGCUAAUAGUGGACGGCAACUCGUACCCAAAGGAAAAAGAUGAGGAAUUUGGCGGUGUGGUAUCCGUGUUUUUUUUUAAGGGCACGGCCCCCUAUGGGGGGCUACCCAAGCGACACAAGCGAGUAGCUCAAAAAGUUAAGCCAGCGGCGGUGGGCUGCGAGCGAUCUGCACUGGAAGGGAUAUCGGAAGAAGAGAUCGCGAAAGAAAUCAAAGAAAGAAAGAAGAAUGAGCCACAACGCCUAACGGAAGAGAGGAUAGCAGGGAUGGGCAUCGGAGAUGGAAAUCUGACCCCACAGGAGCGAGAACGUGUGAUAGAAAUUCUGAAGACAUAUGAUAAGGCAAUAGCUUUCAGCGACGCAGAGUGCGAUGAAGAUGAGAGCGUACGGGCAUUUGGGAUGCGUUUCCAGAAGAUCUCCGACGUGCUGAUGAAGAAUGGUAAGAUCUCAGAGGUCGAGCGCUGUACUAUCUUCAUCGGACACUUGUCCAAAGGUAGGCAAAAGAGUAUACUUCGAGAUCUUCCGCGCGACAGGCUUGAUUUCCCAGAAGUCCUAAAGCUCGCGAUAAAGGCNCUAAAGCUCGCGAUAAAGGCAGAGGCAGACGAUUACAAGGACUUGGUGUGGAGAGGGAUGAGGAGACGUGACUUCUCUCUCUACAAGGAGUACGCCACUAAUAGAUGUCCUGAUUUCAAGGACUAUCCCUGGUUGGAGAAGAAUGAGGCCGUGGCUGAGGAAGUGAAGGAGAUACGGGACAUGGUGAAGGGAUUGACGAGACAGGUUACAGAGAUUGUGACCACUACAGUGGCCACGGCCUACCGGGACAAACCUAGAGAGCCCUAUUCACUUCGCUGGGACCGUAGGAACAACGAUUCCUGGAGAAGUGUCGAGGAUAGAAAUCCUCGGACGCUGAAUGAUUAUCGUACGAGGGGAAGAGAGAGAGACGAUGAGCCAUGGCGACGUAGGGACGAUGAGAUAGACCGAGACCGCAGAGAUCGCGAGCCGUUUGCGCGAGCAAGGAGGCUGGAUGAUUACCCACGAAGCCCUCGCUAUGAGGCCGAUCGGGGUAGAGGCGACUCCCGCGGCCGAUGGGAGACAGAUCAGGGCCGACGAAAUGGAUAUAGGGACGAAAGAUACGAGAGAUUGGACCUAGAUGGAUAUAGGGACGACAGAUACGAGAGAUCGGACCGAGACGGAUAUAGGGACGACAGAUACGACAGGCCGGGUCGAGAUGGCUACAGAGGUGGUAGGUAUGAAAGAGGAGAUCGAGACUGGGAACGACGAGAUGGGUCGCGCGGACGGUUUGAGCGCGGGGGAGAUGCGAGAGAGCAGCGCGACGAGUCAUGCGGGUGGUACAACCGAGGGGACCGACGCGAUGAGUCACGAGGGCGAUAUGACUCAGGGGACCGCCGGAAUGAUUCGCGAGGGCGAUAUGAGCAAGGAGGGUCUGGAGGAGACCGCCGCAACGAUUCGCGCGGUCGGAAUGAGAGAGGGGGAUAUGGCGUCUCAUCAGAAUCAUAUCCCAAGUCGCCUGACCCCAAGGCAACCAGGAGUUCGAUCUCGAGAAGCGCAGACGACAGGCCAUCUACUCCCAGGAACUCAUGCGUCUACUGUAGAGGAGAAGAUCAUAUCAAAAGGGAUUGCCCGAACCUCAAACGGGCAAUAGAUGAGGGACUUGUCAUGCUUGACGACCGCAAGUACGUCAAGUGGGCAGAUGGUCUGGGAGAGGUAUCGAUGUUCCCUUCGAUGAAGGAGAAUGUCGAAGCAAGGAGAGUAAAGUCGAGUAAAGAAAAGGAGCUGAUCAGGAGUCAGAGCAUCAAGAUAACCUUUGAGGGGGAUAUGGCGACCACACCCAUAAGGGUGGCAGCCACCAAGUCGACGAGAGGGUCUACAUCGAAGAAGACUGACAUGGAUUACGUGAUGGCGGAGAAGGACGGGCAGCGGGUCGAUGGAGAGGAGGUUAUCCUUUCGCCGCGAAAGAGGGGAGUGAAGAAGUUCUUAAUGAAGAGUUCGCUGGACGAGAUUGACACGGUCGAGCCACUGAGGCGGGCCCUUCGGCAACCCAUGCAGUGCUCUAUUCUGGAGUACCUGGCGGCAUCGAAGCCGGCUCGUGAAGAGUUACAGAUGAUCACGCGGAAGACUCGCAUACCUCUAUCGGAGGAGGGUCAGGGGGGCCCUAAGGCGGAAGCUUCUCCAGUAGAAGUAACGGGGGUGACUGCCAGAGCGGAUCGCAUGGCGACAGUCCUUCUCGAUGGAAUGGAAGGUGUGCCUCCAGACAAGUUUUAUAUACUUGGUAGCGGAGCCGUGGAGACGAUUAUAAAUGAUGGAGCGAUACUCGAUGCUGUGAUCGAUAACGGCAAUGAGGCUGUCAUCAUAGACGAGGACCUGGCAGUACAGGUUGGACUGGGCCUCGAUAGGUCAUACCUAUUCGAGAUAGAGACGGUUGAUGGGAGAAAGCAACAGAUCACUGGGGUUUGUCACAAGGCAGCCAUAGAGGUCAAAGGGGUACGAGUGACCCUGCCUGUCUUUGCAGUCAAGAACUGCAGCUCCGACUUGCUCUUGGGUCGAACGUGGCUGAGCCACGUGCAUGCGGUGACAAUAGAGCGACCUGAUGGGAGUCAAACAUUGUCCAUUAGGAAGCCAGACGGGACGCGGGUAAUGAUUGAGACAGUGGAGCCUCGGGACCCGAGGAACAGAGCAGCUCUCGCUGUGGGUGCGAGACCCAGUGAUCAGAUUAAGUCGUUACCUAUCUCCAGCACCGCGGUGCAAUUUCGCGAGAAGAAAUAUUGACCACUGCUCACAGAGGAAGAAGGUCGGAUCGUGGAGGUGGAAGAUUUAGGGAGUCGGCUAACAGU